AUGGCAAUUCAAGGAGGAAUAAAAGAGAUUCACAGAAUACAUGUUACCAAUUUGACGCGGUUGACAGUUGAAUGUGAGUCGUUUCUUCCGAAUCCUGUGUCGAGGUUGGACCCUAUGUCGAGUCUGAGGGAACAAACGCAGUUACUAGGCAUAUGUUUGCGUAAGAUUAUAGGGGAGCUCUCAUUGUCAUCACCAGUUGACCUUUUGUUAUCGUUCAGGCGUUGGUUCUCAAAUAAGUAUCUUCUGGAGUGCUACAAGAAGUGUCUUUCUGCAGUACCAAAGGUUAUAUUUUCCAUCGAUAGCCCUGUCUUUAGGUCAAAGGUCAGGCCUACGUUUGUCGUUUGCGUGAUGAAUCUUUAUUCGAGCUUGGUUCAAGUUCAGGAAAUUUUGGGUGGCGGUUUCGAUGGCUUAGGACAAUUAAUUAGUUCUUUCGAAGAUCAGUUCUUUUCGUCUUAUAACGAUGCCAACAAUUGUAUUCUAAGGCUUGAUCAGGUUCAUGAUUUGCUAUCACACACUUUUGACGUAGUAUCAGCACCACUGAUGGAUAUUUCAAAAGUGGCUAAAAGGGACUUUUUUAGACUAUCGCUGAAGAAAUUCAGUUUUGACCGUUCCUUGGUGGAAAUAUGCCAGUUUUCCAAUGGGGAACUUGCUGUUUUUAAGAUAAAUUCAGAAGAAUUACCAAAUAUCUCGAGUUCUCCAAAAAAAUUACUAUCACAACUUCUGAAAGGAAACUACAAACUAUUGGAUCUCGGAAGGACUUUACUUUUUCCCUCGUUGAGGAGACAUGACCUGGAGAUCUUCGAUCUUUUAUCACAAUCAACAGUGCAAUUGAGAACGGCCACUGGUAACAAUGUUACCUUGAUGGUUCAAUGUAUUGACCCUUUACAGUGGGAAUCGCAUUGGAAACAGUCAUUUAAAAGGCUAUUUGAUAAAAAUGAUUUAAUACCGACCAUACUUCGAUCCAGCUCUUCUGCCUCAAUAACAAAAUCAUCACACUCUUAUCAAAAAUUCAAAUUGAAGCUUUCUAAACUUGAAGAUUUAAGACCGCUGAGUAGUGAAGGACUCCCAAUAAUGUUACCAUCUCCGGUUUCUCCUACAGAUACUAACACUACGUCGACGCAAGCACAAUCUCAAGCAAAAAAACCUCAGACAGGACUGCAUAGGUCCAAACCCUUAAGAAGGCCACUUUCUACGUUAAUGUCUGUAGAACAAGAGACGGGGUCUCAAGUUGGAAGGCUAGCCAAUUCUUCAUUAUUGGCUUCGCCGUCUCUGCAAGAAAUUGCAAAUCUCAGUUGCGACAAGUUGAUUGAACUGGAUAGAGCCAUCGAAAUGGACUUCUCACCCCUUGCAACACCUGAGCUAACUAUGCAAAAGUACAAGAGUGUCUCCGAAGAACCUUCAUUAGAGAGGAUAACAAUAAACUCAGAAAAAGAUGUUGAAGUCAGCGAUCUCGAAAGUUUUAUUUCAACAGAACCAGAACACAAAGGGGAUCCACAUAAUGAAUCGCCAGUGUUCAAUCCUGUGGCCGGUAUGUAUAAACCAAUGCUGUAUACUAGGAACUCGUCUUCCUUGUUGAGUAUUUUUAGUUCAAAGAGUAAAAAAGAUGAGGAAACAAUUAGAGGACCCGAGAAAAUUGAGAGGGAAGUAGAAAAAAGAAGUAAUUCUUCUUCAAUGUCUUCACUUUUUGAUGCGAAAUCGACGGACAGCCCAACUGAAAAGGAGUCGGAAACACUACCACCAGGUAUUGAUACCCGCAACGACGAAGUUAUAUUCGAAAACAAUCAAGUGAGAAUUUCAUUUUGGAAUGGGAAACAUUGGAACAGGGUUGGGAAAAGUGCUCUGACUUUUUUAAUUUACAGACUUGGAGAUGGUAAUACAGUCAUGUUAGCACGUACAGCAGAGGAAAGCAAAUCAUGUAAAUUUGCCAUAAAAAUUUCCAAAGGGUGGAAAUGCAUCAGAUCAGCAGCACAAGACAUUCAAAUCGUAAUACCGAAAGAAGACUUUAUGGCUAGCAUGAUUCCUUCCGAGUUCAAUACGCUGACCUUAAGAUGUCUGCAAGUGGAAAGAUUGUUGAACAUUCUACAGCAUUGUAUAAAAGGAGAUUUACCAAGCUCUAUGCCGAAGUCUUCCACAGUACAGACACUAUCAAGUAUGCCUUCAUCAUGUAUUAGCAAUCCCUUAACACGAUCUUCCACUGCCAUGUCAGGCCUAACUGAUCCAAAAACGGACACAAUCAAUACAGUUCUUCUCUUAUCUUCUUUAAAAGUCAAAAUUCACAGUGCAAUUGAAGGAAAGGGCUGGAAUGUACAAAGCAUUGGUCAUGUUGAUAUAUGUGUGCAAGAGUCAAAAGACACAAUAAUAGCGGUAAAAUUCAAUAUUGUUUUGAUGGACAAAAAACCGCUAACAUUCAUCAGUCAAUUAGAUGAAAUUGAAAGGAUUGGCCGGACUGGGCUUCUAUUAGCUUCCAAAAAAAAUGAAAAGCUUUUAGAAUUUCAAAACAAAAUUGUAGCUGAUCAAGUUUAUCAACUGAUAAAGCCAUCAUAA